UUUUAUUGGUCUGUUCAGAGACACCUGGAGGUGGUCAGAUGGAAGCAGUUUCUCCUUCAGACACUGGAAUCUGAAGUUUGACGAUCAGAAAAUCAACAGUGGUCAAUGUGCCAUGACUGUGUUUGAUGAUGGAGGCAGAUGGAAGAAUGAGAACUGUAAUGAAAGAAAACCCUUCAUCUGUUAUGAUGAUAGAGUGAUCCUGAUCAAAGAGAAUAAAACCUGGGAGGAAGCCUUGACCUACUGCAGAGAUCAUCACCAUGACCUGGUCACCAUCACCAACAUGGAGGAUCAGAGAUGGAUCCAGGAGAAAGUCAAGAACGCAUCGACUGGUUAUGUCUGGACGGGUCUGAGCUACACCUGCACUCUGGAUUUCUGGUUCUGGGUCAGUGACGAGGUGGUCAGCUAUAAGAACUGGGCCAAAGGUGAACCGAUGGACGACUGUGACAUGUCUGUAGCCAUGGAGACAAAAGAAUACAAAUGGCUUAAAAAAGAUGAUACUGAGAAGCUUAACUUCAUCUGUUCUAAGAAUAGGCGAGGAAAAUAA